CUUACAAUUGCCGAUAAAACUGGUUUAAUCUACGCGACCAUGGCUGACGAGGAAGCACAAGCAUCCGACUCUGGUAACGGCCGUUCUGCCGAGCCGGGAAGAAACCAAACGCCCCGCAGACUUCCUAAGAAGCGCACCAAAACAGGUUGUUUAACUUGUCGGAAGCGUCGCAUUAAAUGUGGCGAAGAGAAGCCCACAUGUGCUAACUGCGUCAAGUCCAAGCGUAGCUGCGAGGGCUAUGCCCAGAGGGUGGUCUUCAAGAAUCCCUUAGGUAUCUUGGGCCCAUAUGGCCCACCACAGAUUCAGGAUGAUCAGAUGCAGCAGCAAAAUAUACGGGUACCGCUGUACAGUGACUUCACCUCGCUGCCACCUCAACAAGCGGCGGCAGCAGCACAACACCCCAUGUUGGCACCACGACUAGAUGCUCACAUGCUUUCAGGGUAUCAGUACCCUGCUCCAACUGCUGCAGUAACUGAAAGGGUUCAACAAGAUCUGCAGCAGACCGUUGACCCUCCACGGUUUUAUUACCCAGCACUUCCGGUGCAGAUGCCUCAGCAAUGGCCUGAUCACUCUGCCGGGCAAGUUGGACAAGAGACGACUCCCUCUCCCUCGCUCAACUACAUGCAGUAUCAGUCUCAGCCCAUUGGCUUAAGUAACCUUAAUACCCAAUAUAGUCCGGUUAAUCCUCAGCUGCCACAACCCAUCACCGACUGGGCAAGUAUCACAAACCAGGACUAUGCUAGGAAUUCAUUACCUCAGUCAUUCCAGCCAACAAGUACAGCCUAUCACUAUCCACAGUCGCCUGAGCAGCCUCUACAGCCUACUACCCCUGGACAAUACUUCCCACCCUCUCAAGCGCAGAUUGUAUAUGUUGAAGAUGAAGCUGAAGACUAUUAUGACGUCGAGUCUGAUGAGGAAGCGGAGGACCAAACUCAGACAGAGGGUUUCAACCAGCUGAGUCUCAUCAUGGCCUCUGCCAACCAUGAUGACCGUCGUAUGCGGUCUUUCACUACUCACCUAAACGAACCAAACAUCCUAUCCUCUUACCACCCGACGCUGGGAUCAUCCCCCCUAAACAACCCCAAGACAGCCCGCAUCUUCGCGCACUUUAUCCAUUCAACGGCUCCCACACUGUCAAUUUUCGAGCGGCACGCGACCGACUCAUCGAUUAACUUGGGUAGCACUAUUCCACCCGCUCAACAAGGUCUGUGGACCUACACACUUGCCCUUAAAGCCUUGGAGCAUCCGGCCCUUUUGCAAGCUAUGCUCGCUGUUGGCAGCUUGCAUAUUGCAUACCUACAACAGGCCCCUACUACUGUCUCCUUGAAGCAUUACCACUACGCCUUGAAACGUCUAGGCCGCGCUGUUGGUCUUCCAGGUCGGCGAAAACAGAUUGGUACUAUGGCAGCUACCCAACUUCUGGCCUAUUACGAGGUCAUGUCAGCCGAUCACAGUAAAUGGAAUAGUCAUGUGGCCGGGUCUGCUCAGUUGAUCCGAGAAAUUGAUUUUGCAGCUAUGGCUCGAGAUCUUCGUGCUCAUCGACGCAGGGCCAAUGAACAGCGAGCUCAAAUGGGGUGGUCUAACCCGUCGAUGCAAUACUAUCAUCCUUAUGGUAGUGAAUCAUCUGAAGAUGACCCCUUCUCUGAAAAGGAAAUUACUAUUGACCAAGGGCUCAUUAGCUCUAUAAUGGGGCAAGUGGUCAACUACGACGAGUUUGGCCAUAUCGAAGGUCACUACCAAUAUCCAAGGAAGCACUUUUCUCGGAAGGACAUUGAAAGCUUUCGCAUCCAGUGCGACUUGUAUUGGUGGUUCACGAAACAGGACGUGUUUCUCGGUCUGAUCAGUGGUGAAAAGACAUUUAUCUGCGAAGCCAAUGCCCCCCCUCGAGCCGCGGUAGGUCGAAUAGACGCAGUCUAUGGCUCUGCUGAUCACUUAUGGCUAUUGCUUGGCCGUAUAUCUGAUUUUGGAGAACGGGACCGCAGGCGAAAGCUGAAGAAUUCUCGUGCGUCGGGUGUAGCCUGGAGGCCAGGCCAAGAGCUGUUCCGGUUCAUGGGUCGUUUUGCUGGCGGCAGUGGACCACCUGGAGGAUCAAGAGCUCCUGGACCUCCCGGGCCCCCAGGCCCCCCAGGACCUCCAGGUCCACCUUCAUCUGGUUCGUCUAAUUCCAAUUUCGGAAGCAGCCCUGGUGCUCCUUCAGAGUCGUCUCAGGAGAGCCCACCCGCCCAAGGUCCACCUCCAGGUCCACCAGGUCCACCCGGUGGACCCCCAAUGUACGGCAUGGUGCCACCACAACCUCCAGCUCAAGUGCCACCAGCAUUUGUUCAUGAUAGACGUGGGCAGCCAACAACACCGGAACAAGACGACCAUGGCGAGGAAGCUACAUACGCCGAGGCAGAGCGUGAAUGGGAAGAGAUUCUGGCUGCUAUGGAUAUCUACGUCCAGGCCCUGGGUCGAGAUUUCCAACCACUACCUGCAGAUGUGACGACAGUCAUCGAUUCUCCUUUUGGACCGGCCCUGCAAUACCGUACACACACUAUCGCCGUGGUUUGGGCAAUGUAUUACGCCGGACGAAUCCUGCUGCACCGUCUCCACCCAUGUCUGCCCCCAGCCAUGAUGAUGGCUGCCGGUGUAGCAGCUCCUACAACUAAAGAUUGGGCACAGAUGAUAGGCCGGAUUACGGCCGGUAUCUAUUACCCGCAACGCUACAAUCUUCAAGCUGGCAGCCUGAGCCCGACCCUCGGUUCUUCGCUCACGGAGAUGACCCUGCCGAUCUUCUUUGCUGGUGUGCAGUAUGUAGAUCAUGCACAGCGUGUCUGGACCAUUGCGAAACUAAAGGAUAUUUCGCGGCUUACUGGGUGGAAGACUUCUGAUGCUAUCGCGGGUGGCUGCGAGAGCUCUUGGAUCAUUGCGGCUAAGCAUGGACGGGGGCCUCCAUAUGAGCGAUCUGUUGCGAGUGAACGCGAGCGUCACCGUGAUGAUCCUGAUGCUCCUCCGCAGUAUGUCGUCGACAGAGAGGCGGAAGAACCGUAUAGUGAUGAUCGGCGGUUUGUCACUUUCCGACCGCCCGACCGAGCCUUUUUGGCCAUGGGGCUCUUGAGUCUGGAAGGUGACUUGCAAAAUCUAGAACUGUGA